CUGUUUAUAUCUAAACAUUCAGCAAUUCUACUUGUAGUGUUGUAGUUUAGAUAAAUUUUCUUUCGUGGAAUUGAGUAUUUAAAUCGAAAGUGCGAAAUUCAAAUUUGAAUAUAGUUAGGCCAGUCUUCAAGGUGCUUUCGUGGAUAAAGAUCGGUUUCUAGACUAGAAGGGAUUUUACCCAUUGUGCCGUUGACUCAUUACAUACAUUUUCCAAGAUAACAACUUCGCAUCUGCGGCCUCUUUCAGAGGGCUGUCACGGUUCUUCAAUCCAGUUUUUGGUCAAGUAUCAAUUGAGUCGAUUUGGGUGUACACGUAGUAGGAACUAUCCAUAAGCAAGGGGACAGAUAGAUGAUAACAUGGCUUCAGAAGGAGAUAGUAGGGACGAUGUUAGGAAGUCAAGUGCAGCCGACGAUGGAAUUAGGCUGAUAACUGAGGACUUGUUUCAUGAUAUCCUGAACCAACAAUUUGGAAAGUGCACUAUCAAAAAGUUCACAGUAGCAAAUAGUACAAUCACAGGCGAAAAUUUUGCAUGUUCGAUGUAUCGUGUCACCAUCGAUUUCCAAAUGGAAGAUGGAACCGACAAUUCAGUUAAAUACAUUAUUAAAAUGAUGCCACUCAACGACCCAAAUGCUCAAAUGAAAAAAAGUUUAGGUAUUUUCACAAAAGAAGUUGAAAUGUAUGAAAAGAUUGUUCCGAAAUUUGAAGAGAUAUUCCAAGAAAAUGGUAUCGAGACUGCCUUCGUUCCGAAGUGUUGGAAAGUCGUAGAUAAUCCUGAAAUGUUGAUUAUGGAAGACUUGGGAGCACGAAAAUUCACCAAUGUAGAUCGUCUCAAUGGGAUGGAUAUGGAACAUGUUAAAAUGGUUCUAUCGAAAUUGGCACAGUUUCAUGCUGCUUCGGUUUGUGUUUUAGAGAAAAAUGGUCCUUUCUCCAAACAGAUAAUGUCUUCACUGUUUGAUGACGAGUCAUGCAACUUUUUCCGAGCAUUACAACCCAUAGUAUGGGGAAACAUCGUGAAAAAUUUGAGAUUGUGGAAAACUUGUCAGGAGUAUGUUGAUCGGAUUGAAGGAAUGAUCGACAGGAUCUUCGACCUACACAAAGAAGCAUAUGAUCCGAAUCCAGACGAAUUCAAUGUAAUUUUACAUGGGGAUCUAUGGACCAACAAUAUAAUGUUUCAACAUGAUGAAAACGGCCAUCCAAAGGAUAUUUUAUUUGUUGAUCUUCAAAUUGCAAGAUACGGCUCUCCAGUGCAUGAUUUAAUAUACUUUAUUUUCUCAUCCACUGAAUAUUCAAUUAAAGUCAAGGAGUUUGACUAUAUGAUCAAAUGUUACCACAGAGAGUUGGUUAAAAAUUUGAAGCUACUCAAAUAUCCAAAAUCUCUACCUACGCUUAUCGAUUUGCAAAUUGCGGUUUUGAAAAAAUGUUUCCUUGGCAUUGCUGUUAGUUGCGGCGUCAUGGCUAUUGCGCUUCUUGACCCGAAUGAGAACGCCAAUAUGGAGAACUUCCUGAAAGAUGAUGAGGCAGGAAGCAAAUUUAAACAGGACAUGUACUUGAAUCCGCGGUUUAUAAAGUCUUGCGAAUUGAUAUUCCCCUUCUUAGAAAAUAAAGGAGCUUUUGAUGUUUAGCAUUUGAAAGGAAAUAAUUAGG